UCCGCCAUGUUUUCCCUCCUUGUAGCGGCGUUGCGACAGAGACGGAGAAUUCGAACGACAUGAAUGUAGAAAAUAAUCAUACGGCAGAAACAGAGACUGAGCAAACGACAAACGGCAACGAGACGAUCACCAUUCAGACAACACUGGGAGAUGAAGAUGAAGAUGUGCACAAGUGCGGACGCUGUCAGUCCGAGUUCUCCACGCUGGAGGCUUUCAUCCAGCACAAGCUGCAGCACAACUGUAAACGUGUGGAGACCAGUCAAGAGGUUACUGCAGCCAAUGGAAGUUCUUCAGAGGUGAAAACAGCUGAAGGUGCAUCCUCGGAUGAACCAGUGAAGGUCACUAAUGAUGAAAGCAGCGGUGUAUUGGGUCGAGGUCGAAGGAAGAAAGUCAUUUCGCUCAAAGUCACAGAUCUCUCAGAUGGGACUGAAGGCUCCUUGUCUGACAAUGCGGACAGUGACAAGCCUGUUUACAAAGUCAACCAAGAGGGACGCUUCAUUUGCCAACUCUGUGACAAGACCUUUAAAACAACCAACAUCUUGAGAACUCAUAUGAAAACUCACAGUGACCAGAAGAACUUCUCAUGUGACCUGUGUGGAACCUCCUUUCGCACAAAAGGCUCCCUGAUUCGUCACAAUCGUCGUCACACUGAUGAGCGGCCGUAUCGAUGCACCCUAUGCGGCCAGUCUUUCCGAGAGUCAGGUGCUCUCACCAGACACCUCAAGGCCCUCACACCCUGCACUGAAAAGAUCCGCUUUGUUCAGUACAAGGAGAUCUUGGUCAGCAAAGAUGGAGUACAAAAAGGGGUUGAAGAUGAUCGCGCUGCAGUGGCUGGCCAGCAGCAGGAGGUAGUAGUUGUGGAGCAACAGCCAGAGGAGCAGGAGAUGGUUGAGGCUCAGACAGCUGUCGUAAGCGUGGUAGACUCUGGUUCCCAAGAGGUCCUUCAUCAGGUCCACUUCACAAUGGAGGUGAAUGGAACGACGCAGGAGCAACAGGUUGUAGUAGAGCAGUCGCAGGCAGAAGCCCUGGCGGCUGCUGCAGCAGCAGGCGACAACCUCAUCUGCCAGGCCAUCAUUAACUCUGGCAUUGCACUGGAGACGGAGGAAGCUGUAGUUGAGGAGACCUCACACACUACUGAGGAGAUGGAUAAAGUGGUUUCUGACUGUCCUGAUGCAGAGGAGAAUAUCACUGAGAUCCAGGUCAAAGAAGAGUUUGUUGAGAUGGAGGCAGAGGAAGCAGGUAGUGGAAAUGGUCAAACAUCCUCAAAACUGUACACGUGUCCACACUGUAAUCGCUCUUUCAAGGGACUGAAUUACUUUCGCUUUCACUUCAAGGGCCAUAUGGGUUACAAGCCCUUUAAGUGCACACUUUGCCAUAAAGAGUUCCUGACUGGUUAUCUACUAAAGAAACAUAUGGAAGUCCAUGUCAGUGAGAGGAGGUAUAAGUGUGGUGAAUGUGGCAAACUGUACAAAACCAUCGGGCAUGUACGUGAGCACAUGAGGGCCCACUCAGAUGAAAGACCCUACCGCUGUGCCAGGUGCAACAAGGGGUACAAGACCAAGAAUGCCUUGCAGGUGCAUCAGCGGACCCAUGGUGAUGAGAAACCUUACGUGUGCCAGUUCUGCUUGAGAGGUUUCAGGGAGAAAGGUUCUCUGGUGCGACAUAUCCGCCAUCACACCGGGGAGAAGCCUUUCAAGUGCCCAAAGUGCGGCCGAGGCUUCGCUGAGCACGGGACCCUCAAUCGGCAUAUGCGUGCAAAAGGAGGCUGCCAGAAGGACGAUUCCAGUGAGCAGAAGGAUGGGGCAACAGGGGAGCAAGCGUCAGUGGACAGCCUGGCUACAGCAGCCAUCCUCUCAGAGGAUCCGCAUGCUGUCCUGGUGGAGUUCUCCUCAGUGGUGGCUGACACGCAGGAGUACAUCAUCAAGACUCAAACAGAGGAGGAGGUGCAGGAAGAAGAGGUUACACUCAUUCAAGACGGCCAGAAUGAGAUGGGAAACCACAUCAUGAAAGUGGUACAGCGUAUCGUCAGCCAGUCACACGGCGCCGGUGGCACAGGCAGCCACCAGAUCAUUGUGCGCAACGUGGCGAUGAACGAGGAGGGCACAUCCAUCUCCGACUGCGGUGACACCAUCACCAUUGCGACGCCGGAGAGCCUGACGGAGCAGGUGGCAAUGACGCUGGCCUCUGCCAUCAGUGACGGCACGCUGCUGGCCACGGCGGGCACCGUGGAGACGGCAGACGGAACAGUUACCAUGGUUACCACCGAGGAAGCCGUGGAGGAGGGAAUACAGAUGGUGCAGCAGCAAGAGGAAUAUGUCAUCACCUCCCCAGAGGAGGUGGAGAUUCAGACUGUCAUUGUAUGAUCCAAGAGGAUCUUAACUACGAACUGUACCUGUGUAGCCAAUUACUGUAGACUUUAUAUGAGCUUUGUGUGUGAGAUCUGACUACAAAACAAAGGCCAAAGUGUUUAUAAAGUUUAUUGUUACAGAAGUAGAACAACCUUCAAAGAAAUGUCUGUGUGAAACCUACAAAGAAUGAGUGUGCAUGAGGACUAGUUUGAUCAUGUGUUUGGUUUUUGCUGAUUGAUUUAGUGAAAUUAAGCACUUCCUGUCAUCCAGUAUGCCAGCUAAUCUUUGAACUUUUAGGUGCGUACAGCUUAAAAAAAACUAACCAGAUUAAUUUUGUAAGGCAUUUUUCUUUUGUAGUUGGUACAAACUGAACAUGUCUCUGCCUUUUUAUCUGUUGUAGCCUGGUUUCUUUGCUUUGCUGCGGUCAGAAAAUGAAAUUUCUUACUACUUAAACUACCUAAAAUGGCAUCGCUCCAUUGCAGUUUUCACUUCUGCUCUCACGUCAGGGUCGGGUAUUCUCAAGUUUUGGGACUCUACAUCUCCAAUAGGGCUGCAACUGAAGAUUAUUUUUAUUAAUCAGUUGAUUUUCUCAAUUAAUCGAUUAGUUGUUUGGUCAAAUGUCAGAAAAAGCCCAAGAUGAAAUCGUCAAAUGUCUUGUUUUGUCCACAACCCAACGAUGCUCUGUUUACUGUCAUAGAGGAGUGAAGAAACUAGAGAUGUUACGAUACCAUUGCCUAUAUUGGAAAUGCCUCUUAUACUGCCUAAAAUCCUGGAUCGGGUAUCGACGAAUAUGCAAGUGUAUGCACUGGUCUGAUACCACGUAAGGCAUUAACAAAGUUUAGUAAUAUUCCCUUGAGGUUGGCAAUGUCGUAUACAAGAUCAAAGUACUCUACCAUUUUAAAAUAUCUCCAAAACGGCACAGAAAUGGGCGCGUCAUAUACUGCUGUUAUUGUUAUUUUUUUUAACAUAGUGGCAUUGGAUCGGCACUCAGCAUCGGACGAUAAGCAAGUUUAGGUAUCGGAAAUGGGGUAUUUUCUAAACCAGAAAAUAUUCACAUUUAAGAAGCUGGAAUCAAAUAAAUUUAACCUUUUUUCUCUUAAAAAGUUACUCAAAACGGAUUAAUCGAUGAUCAGAUUAGUUGGCGAUUCAUUUGACAAUUGACAACUAAUCGAUAAAUCGUUGCAGCUCUAAUCUCCAAAUUGAAAUGUGGUGCCCUUUAAAGCCCGACUGAUCCAGAUCUGUGUGUGCGUGUGUGUGUGUGCCUGCCUGUUUGAGGCCAUUCAAGGAGAGUACAAACUUCCCAUGGAACAGUGUUUUAACCAUAAUGCAUCUUUACGCAUGACAGAUACACCAGACAUUAAAAUGUCAUCAGUUUACUUGAGCAGAUUGCAUCAAAUAAAUGCUAUUUUCUUAUACA